AUAAUUAAGCUACUAGCCACAAGUUUUUUGCUGAAUGUCUCAUGAAAUAUAUGUCCUACUCAAUGUUGAAAUUCAUAAGUAGUGAAAUUGAAAAGAAAGUGAAUAGAAAAAAUAUUUUAUUUUCAAAUUGAUCUAAUGAGAUAUCAAUGCGCUCAUCCUUGAGCUAUAUAUUAUCUCACGCGCCUGGAGAGUCGGUAAUGUCGCAUCCUGACUACGCGCAACAUGCCCAACACCACGCCUGCCUUUUGGUGUUGGUCAGAGGGAUUGGGGGCGUCCUCAAAAAUUUUAAUAAGUUGUGGGAGCGUAUACAGCGUGUUAACAACAUUAAGGUUACGGAUUCCACGGGACAAGUUAGAGAUAUUUGGGUAAGAUAUGUCCGAGAUUACCCAGUGGAAAACAAUGAUUGGGGGGAUUUUCAGACCCAUAGACGUUUGCUGGGUUUGAUAACUCUUAGUAAGUUUACAAACCAAAUAGAGUUGAAUGAAGUAUGCAGGGUUCAUGAGUCUCUCAAAGUUAAGUAUUCUAACACAUUGUACGACUCUCGGGCUUUUAUGUUUGGACCCGGUAGUAACUUGAAGAAACCGGAACAAGAACCGGAUACAUACAGUGUCUAUGAAGAAAAACAGACAGAAGAUAAAAGCAGCUUAAAUUACAAGCCAACAAAUGAGCCAGGAGAUAGUCUGUCAUCAAAUGAUAGUUAUGCUCAAUCAACAUCAUCUAGUGCUUCUUAUGUGGUGCAAGAAGAAAAUUUCACAAUACCAUCUAAUUUUAAAACCCAUGCAAUGUUCUACGGAGAGAAUGAACCAGUGUCUGAUUUGGAACAAAAUGUAGCGGACCUCAUUAACUCACUUUUUUGGGUGGUGGAGUCAAAAAGAUUAGAAAGAUCUCGUGAGAAACUUGAUAAGGUGUCAUUACUUUUGGCACCUUUUGAGAAAAGGGAUUUCAUAGGUCUGGACAUGGAUUCACGUAACAACAAGAAGCGUUGUAUGGGUAGGGUCACCAAAAACUUAGCUGAUUUAACACUGCAAUCUGGAUUGGUAUCAGAAAGUUUAACUUUAUAUCAUUCAGCAGCAGAAAUACUGAAGGCUGUUAAUGAUUGGUUAUGGUUGGCCGCUGCUAAAGAAGGCCACUGCGCAGCCUCUGCUAUCCUAAUUUACCCAAACCUACGUAGCACGAUGCCUUUACAUCGAAACGCGAGUCUUCAAGAGAGUUCACCUAACAAAACGAAGCCAUUAUCAUUAUUCCAACCGAGCGUUGAUUCAUUCAGGAAAUACAAGCUUACUUCUUCUCCUUUAAGAUCAUCUAAAACAUCCAGUCCGAUAAACCCACCCAGUGAACUAACUCCGUCUUCAUCUGAUAGUGUUGAAACUUCAUCAAGACAAUCUGAAAGUGAUAAUGCGGAUACAGAAUCAUUAGCUUCCUCAAGUGAUAUUGAAUACCAAAGUCAGAAGUCCUACAUUACUAUGGAUAUACCUUCAAUACCUAGACAAGUUAAUAAUCAAUAUCUUCUAAACGGAGAAGAUAUUGCAGAAAAGUAUCGGAAAGCUAUAAUACAUUAUAGUAAAUACCAAAAUGCGGGUAUUAUUGAAACUGAAGCAUGCUUCAAAGCGGCAAGGAUAGCGGUGGAACAGAACAACAGUUUGUUAACAUCCAGUUUUCUACAGAAUGUUAUAUUUAUUAAUUUGACACUCAGUGAACAGGAGAAAAUACAAAGAUUUGACACUCUUGCGGAAAUUUACAAGGAAAUUGGUUUCUUACGCAAAGCUGCAUUCUACCAGCGGCUGGCGGCGACACGUCAGGUGAGCGCCAACAACCCCAAUCCCGACUGGCAGCGCUGCUAUUACCUCAUGUUGCACAGCUUCCCCGGACACAUGCUCAGCCUGGACCCUGGACAGGUUGUGCAGCAUCAGAUCGGGUGGCCGGCGCUGCAGAUCCAGCUGCUGCAGGAGGUGGUGGUGGCGUCGCGGCGCAUGGGACAUCCCGCGCUCGCCACACGACACAUGACCUUCCUGCUGCAGGCAAUGUGGCCGCAUCUCACCCGCCAGGAGCACCGGGACCUCGCCAUACAGCUGCAGGCGGUAUCAGCACAAUGUGAGGGAGGUCCAGUACCGCUGGUUCUUGAAACAGGCGAAGUGAUACCACCAGCUAACUUGACCCAUGUGCCGCAGUGCCUCAGUUUCUCGCCCAAACCACUACCACCGACUAGAACCCCACACUCCAUUAAGUGCAAAGUACAACAGGGUCCUUUUAUAUUCACACCAAUACACUUUGGUAGUCUCGAGAGGAAAUCUAAGAAGGAAGAAGGGAAAAUGGAAUAUCUAUGGGUAGAGGACGAUAUAUGCGAAGUACAAAUGAAACUAACCAAUCCGUUACCAUUUGAACUGAAAGUAUCCAACAUGCUUCUUCUAACAUCGGGAGUUGUGUUCGAAUCAUUACCAGAGACAAUAAUAUUACCACCAGACUCACCGACUAUAGUCAAUUUACACGGAACACCUAAAGAAGUCGGUGAAUUACAAAUACUGGGUUACUCCACACAUACAUUGGGUGUUAAAUCUAAUUGUAGACUAAAAAAUUUACCUUUGAGUAAUAAAUUUCCGACAUCAUACGUCAUCGAAGUAAUACCGAGUUUACCGACAAUGUUGAUAGAAACAAGUCUGUCUUUGUCCGGACACUUGAAUGUGUCCGGUGAAAGUAAUAAUGUGACAAAUGUGUCUCUAUACAAUGGUGAAUGUACUGAAUGUACGAUCAAAAUAACCAAUACCAGUGCUGUACCUAUUGAAUAUUUGGAUAUGGCUAUACAGUCAAAUAUGGACAACCAACUCCAAUCCAAGGUAUUCCAAUGGUCCAAUGAUGAUGUACAAUCUCAGCUGCCCAUACUACCGAAUGAAGUAGCCACAAUCAAACUGAAGUUAUACGCUGAAGCUGAUUUCUUGGACCUCGGAGGUGUUGGAGAGAAUCUGUUCCCGAACAGUCUGACCUCUAAUUACCCUUCAAGAGUUGGAUCUCCAGUACCUAAUGCUCAGCUGUCACUUCCGACGCAGAGUUCCAACCCACAUACGUCGCUAAGUAGUGGACUGAUGGUUAAUCGUACUUCUGGCAGUUUUAGAUCUUCAAAUUCACAAACGACAAGUUGGUCUGCGCCGCUGUCGGUAAUGCCGCCGUCUAGAGGCCGACAAGUUGAAGCACAGAUGAUAUUAAGGUACUCUGGUGGUGCUGGCAAGGAGACCCACUGCCGGCAGUCAACGCUGCAGUUCAACUUGGAGCUGCUGCCCAGCGUCUCUAUCACACAUUGGGAUGUCCUGCCUGCGGAGAUUCCAACACAACUGUAUCUGGUAUUGGAUGUAACAAAUCUAACAUCAGAGGAGAUGGCCUUCCACUACACGAGCGACAAGCACAUCCUGAUCGAAAGCAAGGAGUCAAGGAGGGUGCCAGUGCCACUGGAACGCUGCCCCUUCAAUGUCACACCCAACAAAUAUAAUGAUGAAGAUACGGCAGAAAGUAAAUCAACGUCGACGUCUAGUGGUUCGCUGAGUCUAGAGCUGAUGUGCUCGGAGCACAUAACUAGCAAUGUGUCGCUCCGCUGGCAGCUGCUGCAGUCGGGGCUGCGCGGCGCCGCCUCCGUACGCGGCAUCACGCUCUCACACGCUAUGAUGGAUAUCGUCAGGAUGUCGCCUUUGAAUUGGGAGGUGAGCGUGAACAAGCAAUGUAUAAAGCCGCAAGAGGAGCUGAACUGUACGGCGGGUGAGUGUCUCGCGCUGGGUGUGUCUGUCCAGAACCUGCUGAGCCGGCCGCUGCACAAACUCUGCCUCUCCGUGCAGUUCUACCAGGAUUAUAACAACGGCGUGCUCAGCUACAAACUUGAUAACCGUAUCGCAACCGCUGGCAAUAACAAGGUGGUUCUUUCAACGUUAACGGAAACUUCCAAAGCUUUCCAUGAGUGUACCGUCGUCUUUUUAACUCCAGGCGAAUAUAAAAUAGACAUACAAUGCUCCACCACGGAACCAAUAUUAGAAGAACCAGUUGCUAAGGAGGUCGACAACACUUCUAUAAUCCAGCCAUGCUCCGGAGAAGUUAACCACGUUUGGAGAUUCAUUCCGCCUGUAGCUAUAAGCGUCACUGAUUAAAGAAAUACUUAUUCAAUGUAAAAAUAUUUAUAUCAACAUAUGUACGUGUGUAUUAUUAUCAAA